CCCACGUUCCCCUACGGAAAGAAAUUGGCGUGCAGUUUUUAAAAAAGCUUCCUGUCGCUGGAUCGCUUUUUGGCAAGAGGAGGCAGCGAAAGUGCAAAUCCACCGGUCUUGAGUUAAGUGGAAGAGAACAGACUUCAAAAAAACAAUGGAUGGUGAGGAGAAGACCUACGGUGGCUGUGAAGGGCCAGAUGCCAUGUAUGUCAAACUGAUCUCCUCUGAUGGCCACGAGUUCAUUGUGAAGAGAGAACACGCCCUGACAUCUGGCACUAUCAAAGCUAUGCUGAGCGGUCCAGGCCAGUUUGCUGAAAAUGAAACCAAUGAAGUGAAUUUCCGGGAGAUUCCAUCUCAUGUCCUGUCAAAAGUCUGCAUGUACUUCACCUACAAAGUCCGCUACACCAACAGCUCAACGGAAAUCCCAGAAUUCCCCAUCGCUCCAGAGAUAGCGCUUGAACUGCUGAUGGCUGCAAACUUCUUGGAUUGUUGAAAAAAAGAAUACAUAAUGGCACAAGCUUAACAUUUUAGGGCUUAUUUUCCUUCUGUGUUCUUUUUUUAGUAUUUAUCUUUUUUGCCCUAGAAAUGGUGAGAGUAUGAUAGUGUUUGCUGUGUAAAGUCUGAAUUAUUUUAUUUUGUAUCAUUUUGCUUCCAUACAAAGUUGCCUGUUCCACUCUAAUAAGUGUUGCUGCAUUGCUCUUGUUGCGGUCAAGAUUUUUAUUUUGGUGGAAUAAAAUUAUUUGACUGCCACUUUGUCGUUUGUUGCUGAAUGUGUUGACGUCUGAUUCUCCUGAAUGAAACCUACAAGAGAUGUUUGUGUGCACAAUGUAACCGCAUUAUCACAAACAUUUUUUUCUGUUUUUAAAUAAAUAUAUUGAUUAUCAGA